UGAGUGGGUCCUGCAUUAAAGAGAAUCGACCUUUUAGUGUUCGCUUUCCCAUGUAUUUAUUCAUGGUUGUUACAAUCAUGGUGACAGUGUGUGGGAACCUGGUGGUCAUUGCCUCCAUAGCACAUUUCAGGCAGCUCCACACAUCCACAAACUACCUGAUUCUUUCACUGGCAGUAUGCGAUUUUCUUCUUGGGGGAUUAAUAAUGCCCUACAGUACAGUCCGCUCUGUAGAGGGCUGCUGGUAUCUGGGAGACUUCUUCUGCAGUGUUCACACUAGUACUGAUAUCAUGCUCAGUACUGCUUCUAUUUUUCACCUUUCCUUUAUUUCUGUUGAUCGCUACUUUGCUGUCUGUGAUCCACUGAGAUAUCGCAACAAAAUAACUACGCUUGUUGUGCUUAUCAUGAUUACUGUCAGCUGGAUGGUUCCAGGUGUCUUCGCUUUUGGAUUAAUAUUUUUUGAACUGAACAUCAAAGGAUCAGACUAUCAGCAUUACAAAAAUAUUAAAUGCAUUGGAGGGUGCACUGUGUUCUUCAGCAAACCUUCAGGAGUGGUGGCAUCCAUGCUGUCUUUUUUCAUCCCAGGCUUUGUUAUGUUGGCUAUUUAUCUCAAGAUUUAUCUUGUGGCAAGAAGACAGGCUAAAUCCAUAAAAGACAUCACACACCUGUUUCAGGCUGCUGAAGAAAACAAAUGCGGAAUUUCAAGGCAAAAAGAAAGAAAAGCUGCCAAAACCCUAGGAAUCGUAAUGGGAGUUUUCCUAAUAUGUUGGUCCCCUUUUUUUGUCUGUAACAUCAUGGAUCCUUUUACUGAUUAUACAACCUCACCAAUGCUGAUAGAUGCACUGGUCUGGUUUGGUUAUUUGAACUCUGCAUUUAAUCCAAUAGUUUAUGCAUUCUUCUACAAAUGGUUUAGGAAGGCUCUGAGAAUUAUUAUGCUUGGGAGAAUUUUUGAAAAAGAUUCUUCACGUAUCAAAUUAUUUAUUGAGUAAAUAAAAGGUAAAUGAGCCAACCAGUUAAAUGAUGGACAUCUAAAGGGAAUACAUGAUUGCAUUUUGUUUGAAUACGGAAAA